AUUGCCCACUGGAGACUGACUCACUGUUAGGUUGUGUAUAUAUAUGAGAGUGUGUGUUGGGUUCGGCCUGUUGGAGAAAGAGAGCCCGCUGAAAGAAAGAGAAUUUAUUCCAGGCCAUCUUCAGCUACUCAACAAUCAUGUCUCAACCUAAUCAGGAAGAUGAGCAAAUGCAGCGUCCUGAAGUGAGAGAAGAAGACCUGAAUGAAGCAAAGAACAAGCUGGGUGCUGCCGGGCCUCCCAAGAGCAAGACAAUGGAAGUAAUGGAGGAGUGCGAGAAAAUGGGUAAAGUUGCACCCUCUGUGUUCAGCAGAGCGAGGUCAGGAGCAGAGACUGCUUUCAACACUCGCUCAGGCCAGCCAAUCAGGAAAUAGGAGAAAACCUGACCGUGGCUGAAUCACACCUGCUCCAUGUUCAUGUGUUUGGAUCAGCUGUUUUCUUGUCUUACUUCAACCUGAGGAAAAUCUUGUUUAAAGCCCAUUUUUUCUGUAUUUCGUUAUGACAAAAUUUUACACUAGAUUUAUAUUGAUAGUUCCUUGAAUUUUAAGAAAGGUGCCUAACUGAUGAACUCAGUUUCAGUGUUUAAAACAUAUUUGUUGAUCUGUCUGAUACGACUUUUUGUUACACCGGAAGUUUCAGAGUGGGAGUAUAAAGUAGUGUAUGCAGUACACUUCAGAAAAACCUUAAUAACAAUAAUAAUAAUGAACAGAAAGACAGAUUUAUUCAGCAACGAUUACGAAAUUACUUUGCAAUAAAAUCUCUUGAAAUGA